GUUAGGAAAUACCCGGUUUUUUCUUCAAUUAUAAAUUUUCUCAGAACGUGCAACAAACUUUACACAUGCAAUACUUGCGUAUAAAAUAUACCGAGAAGUGAGUAGUAGAUAUAUAUACGUUGGUGAACUGUGAAGUUACUUUAAGUGUAAAACUUUAAUAAACAGUGGUUUGUGAAUCAAAGUUGAAAAAAGUUCGGGUUUUUAUUUACUUCCUUUUCAACAUGCAUUUGGAUAGUGUUUGUGAAAGACUUUCAAGUUAUGUGUUUAUAGCGGUUGUGUGUGAUUUGAUGGCAGUUAGCAGUAGACACGUGAAACGACAAUGUGAGGCAUCGGAUAUUAAUAUUUUAUCAUCGAGAGGAGUCAAGAUAGAGCCGUUUUCAAUGAGCAAAGUGGAACUUUCUACAAAUGAAUUUUACAAAAGCGGCGAGAAAUUAUCGUUUGAUUUUAAAACGAAGUAUUCAAGAGGUUUACUGUUUUACGGAAUUCACCGAGGAUCUACGGAACGUAGCGAAAUAUUGGCGUUGUGGCUAGUGGAAGGGAGACUGGUCUUCAAUGUGAGAUGUUCUCUCGCAGAUCUUGACCUUCACAUACAUACUAGCAGGCUGGAUGACGGAAAUUGGCAUUCGAUUGAAUUCCGAAGAAAGGGCCUAAAGGGAUUUAUUGUUGUUGACGGAAGGCCUUACUAUCGUCGUUACCAUGUCAAGUGUAAGCUGAACACUUUUGUGAUUGGAGGAAUGGACUCCGCAGACGCCAUGAUUUUGUUCCCGCCAAUUCCGAUAUAUGAUGGUCAUUUUGAGGGAUGCAUUCGCAAUCUACACGUCAGUUCCGGUCUGACAACACGACCUAAUUAUUUUGCCGUCUCCAGUUGCCAUUGAAGCAGUGAGCCUCGCGGAAGAGUUUCAACUAAGAUUGUGGCCUACGCUCCCGUCGAACGCAUGCGCAGGACGUGGCUGACCUCACGCAAGAGGGUCACGUCGAGCUGGAAGCCCAUCCACCCCCAGAGAUCCGUUAGAAGAGUGUCCUGCCCUCAGUUUACCAAUCCUCACGUUGCUAUGGUAACUCCGUUUGAUGGAAACCAGUCUAGGCGCACUACUCUCGAAACCCGGUUACGGUGACGUCAUUGGUUUUGUUUCUAUUGACUUCACCAAUUUGCAUACGUACAAAACUGUGCAGAACAAUGGUGUAUGAACGACAAAGCUAUUCGUCGGUUAGACACUUUAAUUGUGAUAUUCACUCCAACUCUUUAUUAUUAUUUUUUUUUUUUUCUUUGAAACUUUUUGUUGUAUUUGUAUGUAAAUAUAAACAUUGCUCAUAUUAUCAUUAUCACGUCACCAUUUAUUGGCACCGAAAAUAUAGUACUCAUUGGUCAGACGAUUGAAAUGUUUGACCAAUGGAAAUUUAGCUAGUUGAACGUUUUAAUAUGAAGGAUGGGGAAUGAUUUUAUCUCCGAUUGUUUGUCAUGCGUUUGCUAUAUUAAAGUCACAUAAGUUAAAUAUAGGAUAACACUGAGCACAUUUGUUGCAUAUUUAUGUUAUUGCCUGGUGUGGUUUUAACGGUCCAUUUGUUAUCAGUCAUUUGGCUUAAAGACGCAGACCCAAGUUUCAGUCCUAGAAAAUGGACGGGGAACUAUAGUCUAAAAAUAACUAGAGCUUGUCUCGAUAACCAUUGCUUCUGGGACGAACGUGCGUUUUUAGAAUUAUGAGAAAUGCAUUUUGGGGUAUUACAAAAACCUGGAUGACCAGAAUCACUUCUAAAUAAUAAAAUGUAAGUACUUCUAAUUUAAAUUGUUAAACACGGUUUUAAUAGUGAAAAAUACGUCGUUGUGUUUGAAAUCUAGGGUCUGUCACUUUAUGUCUUUUUGAAAUUCUCAAAAUUACUAGUUUGAUGAUGAACUGUAUUACAUUUUUUGUUCUUUGUUGUUUUUUUAAAACAUUGUUAUAAAUGAAAUAAUGCUAAUUUUUAUUUAUUUAUAACUUAUUAUUAUUAUUAUAAUUAUUAUUAUUAUUAUUAUUACUACUACUACUACUACUACUACUACUACUACUACUUCUACUACUACUAUUGUUUAUAACAUGGCGCCUGUGUAAACAAGACUUGUUGACGUUUCCCCCUUUGAAUUUUAGAUGUUGAUGUGUUUAUGGACAUUGUUGUCAAUGGCAGUGUGCACUGUAGGUAACAAAAUAGAAAUCAUGGUUAGUACUAAACCUUGAAACUAAUUUAUUCUGUUUACAAGUACAUUAUUUUAGUCGAUGUCUUUUUACACCACAUCAGUUUAGAAGUUUGUAUUAGACUUUCUUCUCUUCUUUUUUUUUAAAGACAUGGUGUAUUUAAGGAAGUAAAUUCGGAAAAAUAUGUUUUACUGACAAAUGAGAACCUUUUCCGUGACUUGAAUGAAUAUGACUUUUCGAUUGGACUAUUUACUUACUCUAUGACAAAAUAUUGUGCCCAUGUACUAGAGUAAUCGGUCUUGAGAGUCGUACCUAGUCUAAAGUAUUGGGGAGGGGGGGGGGGGGGGGGCAGUAACAACCAUGACAGUAAUAUAAUAAAUAAUCUUCGUCUAGGCAAAAAGGGCAUUUCUAGGUGUACAAAAAGAAUUUCCGAGAACCCGACCCUACAUAGAAAAAAGGCCGACCCUAAUUUUUUGUUUUCAAUAUAUUACUUUUUUUUUUUUUUUUUUUUUUUUUUUUU